UGACACACAACAGACACAAUGAAGCUGUAGCAACAAUGUAACUAGCAGGUGCCUAUUUCUACAGCUUCAAAGCUUUUAUUUUUGCAUCACUGAGGUUCUGCCAGUGCAAUGUUUUUUCUCCAGGUGGCUAGCAGCUAGCCGUGUUUUGUGCAAGGAAUCAUUCUAGCUAGCUUCCUUGCGAAAUAGCCAGCGGUAGCCCCAUUAGCUAAGCACCUGCUGGAGCUCUGCUGUAGGAAUUGGCUUUGUUUCCUCUGCCUAGCUACCCACUUCAUCUGUCUGAGAGACAUGGAGUUUCCCUUUGAUAUUAACCACCUCUUCUCUGAGAGGGUCACUGUCUUGGACCAGAACCUCGCCGCAGGUCGUAAAUCAGUGGGGAGACCAGAUCUUCAAGCCCAGAUAACCACAGUUAUUGAUGAACUUGGUAGAGCCUCAGCAAAGGCCCAACAGCUGACAGCACCAAUAACAAGUGCUUCAAAGCUGCAGUCCAACAGGCACCAGCUCUACUUACUGAAGGACGGCGAGAGAAAUGGCGGACGUGGUGUAAUCGUGGGAUUUCUCAAGGUCGGCUACAAGAAGUUAUUUCUGCUUGACCAGCGAGGGGCGCACAUAGAGGCAGAGCCGCUGUGUGUUUUGGAUUUCUACAUUGCAGACAACUUGCAGCGACAUGGCUACGGGCUUGAGCUGUUUGAUUUCAUGCUGCAGCACAAACACUUGGAGCCCGUGCUGAUGGCUUACGACAGGCCCUCGCCCAAAUUCCUGUCUUUCCUGUCAAAGCACUACUGCCUGACAGAAAGCGUUCCUCAGGUCAACAACUUUGUGGUGUUUGAUGGCUUCUUCCUGAAUCGAUCAGCGGCACAGUUGAGAAAGGUUCCCCCAAAAAAGCCAGACGGAGAGAUCAAACCCUACUCACUAAUGGAGAGAGAAGUGGUACGUCAAGAGCAGAAGGCUCUGCCUUGGCCAUUUGCUCCCCACCUCUCUCCCCAUCGGUCGGUAUCCUCCCCGUGCUCCCGCUCCCUCAGCGUGGGAUCCUCCCCCAGCAGGGCCCCCCCACAUCCCGUCCACCUGCCACCUGCCCCUGGGGGCAACAGGGGCCAGAACCCCCAGUCCCCUCACAUCGACAGCUGCAGGGCAAGACGCACCAGCCAACAGGGUCUGGUUGCCAGACACAGCCUGUACAGUCGCCACAUGGGCAGAAAUGCUGUCGAACUGCUGGACAAACCGCUGCCAGGUCUGAGACCAGUGGGGGGACAGUCAUACGCACUGGGACACACAGACACACACAGGUUGGCCUGUAUUCACACACCACAAAGCAGGUCCCAGGCUGUCCCGCUUCCACCUGUGUCUGCUUCCAAAAAGGCUGACACGUGCAGCCAGACCGUCGUAGGGACCGCAGGGGCAAACGGUGAAGCCGGUGGCAUCAGGAAGGAGAUCACAUCGCUGGAGCAGCUCCAGCAUCCAGCAGGAGGCACGCUGCGCAGCCACAGAGCUCUGCUAGAGAAGCAGAGCGACGGAGCCAGGGGAGGCUGGUCCUGGGCUGUGGGACAGAGCUGCUGUACAGCCCAGUGGGUAAAGCACAAGCAAGAAUAUAGGAGCACCCGUCCCUGGUGAUGGACAGGCCGGUGUUCUCACAAGAACUGACAUUUCCAUCCUACUUUGUGGAAGGCUGAAAACAGUGUCACAUUUUAGAAAUGCUCAAUACUUUUGCCAAAUGUGCUCUGCCAGCUGAACUUGCAUUUCGGCAUUACCUCCAGAGGUCAUAAAUGCACAGACUGGAAAGAGAAGUCUCUUUAUACCUGGUAUACCUCACGUUUCAUGGUCAUUUCUUGUAGUUGGUUUGGGUACAGAUUUUCAAACUGUCAGUGCAGAGCCACUGGUAGGUCUCAGUGUGGAGGUAGGUCCAUCAUUUUUAUUUAUUUUACACUAGAGUUUCACUAAAAUAACACCAACGUGACUGAACCUGAACAUAAUUUCCAAAUUUUUGUACGAAACUGGCCUGACCUGUUGGCCUCGGGUUGUGUAUCCGCAUUCUAGUGUGAAUCAGUUGCAACAUGACACUAUCAAGAUAUUUUACCCAUAAUAAUGAUGGCACAGGCAUUUCUGCAAUAUGUCGUAUGCAAGAUAAUCAUCUGUGAUACAUUGUGAUAUCUGUAAGUGAAGAAGAAAUACCCCGGAAAAGGCAAAAUAAUUUUUCAAUAAGCAGGAGUCAGUGGUAUUUUUCAGUGUUUUAAUAUGCACCCUCACUGCAGCGUGAACGUGACAGAACAUAGGAACUCAGAUGUGCAUCUGUGCAAAUGAAGUUGAAAACUCAAAUACUGAUACUUGGCACAAGUGUAUGGAUAAGAUAUCACAAGAAGGAGUAUCGCAGUAUAUUGUGUUAUCGAUUUACUGUUCCACCUCUAGUGGAGACAGGUGGGUGGUGGGAAGGCGACAUCAAUGCAUUCCUUUCUCAGUAAUAAAGGGCAGGAAAUUGUAAAUCACUCAAUUUAGGCACAAGUUCUGCACCGUCACUCAGCCUAAUGGUGAGGAAGCCAAGUCAAGUCACAUUUAUUUUCAUUCUUCCCUCUCCAGAAGGAGAUGUAGUGCACGACAUGGCUGUUCUUUGCCUGGAAAAGUCAUCAUGUGCUAACAUUGGAUUUCCUACUCAUUUAAAUGACCUGUCCUGUCUAACAAAUACUAAUGCAUUUUAGUGAUUUGCUCAUUUUUACUUUAAGACAAUGCUUUACAUCUCCGUAUAAAAUAAAAACAGAAGUCACCGUAAUGAUAAAUAUAGGUGCAAUGAGAGAUAAACUACUUUUAACACCUUUAAUUCAUUUCACAAACUGUUUGUUGGCUCUCAGGCAAGUGCUAAUUUUGAGGAGCAAAAGUUUUCAUCGACACUUUUUCCAGAACGAAAACGAAACAAAAAUGAACCUUGUCAAAAUGAACCUUGUCAAAAAUGCCAAAAAAAAAAACAGACAAUGAAAAGACAACUCCCGACCUCAGCUUGGCAAAGUUUUGACAUUGAGUUCAGCAUAAAAACAAAAGCUGGUGUCCCUUCUUUCAAAAA